GUCCCAUUAAGCAACUUUGGAAAGUGAGAGAAACGAUUCAAAAACCGCAGCGAAAUGAGCCGCCGAAAAAGCUUCGUUUUCCUCCAAACCGGCUGACCCUCCGGCGACCUCCUAAUAUACCCGACGGUCGAGUGGUCGGUCGGGCAAUGGGCUCGCUGAAGAGCACUUCAUCCACACGCUGCCGCUAUGCUGGCUGCUUCGUUCUAGGCUUCGUGGUCGCUUCACUCACCCUCGCAGCCAUGUUUUGGAUCAUCUGGUGUUAUUUUGGGCUGACUAUUGUUCAGAUCUCAGACACUCAGCGACGAGCCCUCGUCAACUAUUCCUACACAACCGCUAAACCUCCCACAACUUCGAGUCCCAAUAAUCGAACGGAGGUAGAUGGGGCCCUUGAGAGUUCCCUCAACGCUAUCUCGAAGACUUCAGUCACUCCUCCGUCACCACCCAGAAGAAGGAGUGACUCAUCCGUAGAUUUGGCAAAGGGAGAUUUUGCCGCAAGGCUGCCAGGUGGCGCUAUGCAGAAUUCAACAAGACGAGAAUCCAUUUCGUCUUCUGUGACGACUUCUGCUCACGAUCGAAAAGCAUCCAUUCUGAGUGGAGGGGAGGAGAGUGACUUGCACCCUCGAAAGAUUUCCACAUCGAACAAUGAGAACAGAGCCCACGAAGGGAGUCUUUCAGACAUUAAACCCACACAAACUUAUGCUCCUGCACAGUCAGAUCCUCUUCCUACAUCUUCCAAAGACGACAGAAGACCUAUUGCCAGAGAUUCGGAUCGGAAAGAUGAGAUCCACAGCUCGAAACCCUCAUAUCGAGAUCCUGACUUCGAGCGUGAGCCGCCUGCGAGAAGAUCUCAACCAGGACGGCGCAGAUAUGACGACGAAGACGAUUACGAGGAUAGAGGAUCUGCAAGUCGAUAUGAUAAAAGUGAUAGAGGGAGAGAUACCGACGAUCGGUACUCCAAAGGAGAUACAAGAGUUUAUCCAGACGAAAGACCAAGACUAGAAGACAGAUACCCACCCAGAGACAGUGAUAGGCGGAGAGGAGAUGACAGAGACCGUGAGGAUCGGUACCGAGAUAGAGAUGACAGAUAUAGAGAUUAUGAUGACCGAUACAAAGACCGUGAUGACAGGUAUCGUUACAGAGAUAAUCCGUAUAGGGAUGAGGACAAAUACAGAAAUGACAAACCUUACCUAGAUGAAGAUAGAAAUCAACGAAGAGAUCGGUUUGAUUAUGAUGAUAGAUACUCGUCAAAAGAUGAUCGAUAUCGAUAUGAUGAUCGUUACCGUCCAAGGGAUGAUAGAUAUCGAGAUGAUGAUGAUAGGUACGUAUACGAUGACAAGAGAGACAGAUACAUACCAAGAGAUGAUGAAGAUCGAUAUGUUCGAUCUAGGGACAGAGAUUACAGAGAACCAAUCUCAAGUAGCAGAGUUGAUAUUCCAUCGGAUAGAAAGAGUGGAAAGCCUGAAGAUGCACGUCGGCCUACUGAAUAUGAUAUACCUGUUCGUGAUAGACCGCGAAUUUCGUAUAUUGAUGAAUCUAAAACAGAUGAUCGAUAUAUCUAUCGAGAUGAUGAUGAAUUUCGGAGACCGUCUAAAUAUGAUGAUCGGGACAGAAUAUCUCCUACAAGAACAAGAGAUGAAGCCUAUAUUUCUCGGUCAACUGUACCAAUAUCCCGAUCCAGGGACGACACAUACAAGUCAGGAUCUAGCAUAAUCGACGAACGGAAGAGAGAUGACGAUCGUUAUUCGAACAAUAGAGACAGACCAAAAUAUUAUGAUGAUGAUGAUCGCCGGAUAGAAGAAUCACGAUAUAUUUCACCCUCGUCAGUUCGUGAAACUGAUAGUACUAGAAAAGAUGUCAACAGAGACGAUUAUCGUACAAGAUUACCAGACGACAAAAAAAUAGAUGAUGUAGGCAUAGAAAGGCGAUCUUAUUCUGCGGAAGAAGAAGAGUAUAGAAGACAAAAUUCAAGGACGAGAUAUUACGAUGACACAGAUAGAAAACCUUCAGGAGAUUCAAGGCGAGAUUAUCGAACUGAUGACGAUUAUCCCAGACGUACGAGACCUGAUGAUGACGAAUAUCGUAGAAGCAGACCUAGAGGUGACUACGACACAGACAAAUCUCGUGAUCCUGAAGUAUAUGAUCGAUCCAUCGAUGACGAUGACAGAGCUUCAAGGAGAUAUUUACCAGAAUAUGAUGAGCCGAGAAGGAGAAGUGACGCAGAUACCGGUCUUCGUAAAGAAUCUUACCCUCGAGAUGUCAUAGAUGAAGACAGAAUGUCCAGACGUCCAGAAGGAAGACGACCUUUACCACCACCAAAAGAUCGACGAUACGAUGAUGAUAUUCCACCUAGACGGCCGAUAUCCGAUGACAGACCUUUCCGAUCCAGACCAGAUACUAUCGAUGAUCGACCACUAAGACCCGCUAUUGAUAGAGCAUCAGAAGAUGGCCGCCGAUACAGAGACGAUACAUAUUUGGAAGAUGACAGACGUUAUAAAGAUGAAGCAUUGGUAAAUCCAGAUGAAUCAUCCAGGUAUGGUCCUCCUAGAUCUGAAAAGAGAGAACCUUUUGUAAGUUCACCAACGUCACCACGUGAUACUGUUUCACGGGAAAAGAGAUAUCAUAAUUCUGGAAGAACCCUCGAUGACUAUGGCAAUGAAGAGGAAAGACCAAUUAACACGAGGGAUGUCAUCGAUGCCGCCCUCAAACAUUCGGACUCACCUGUCCAAAAUCACCGGAAGGUGUCCUAUCCUAUUUUCGAUCCGAGGAUUUCCAAUUUAACUUCGCCGGAUUUUAUACCACCUAGUGACAGGAGAGGAACGACAAUCAUGUCAAGGAGGCGAAGAAGUCGUACUUAUUGAAAUGAGAUAUGAUAAAAAGUACUUAUCUAUCUGUAAAAUACAAAUAGCAAAUAUUAGUUAUCAGAUAGACUACAGACAACAGAUUUUCAUUUCAAGAAAGCCAGCUCAAUUUUUCAGUUUCAACUCUCAUUACAGUAUAGUGAUAUUUUCUAGAUAUAGUCUAACUUUAGAAUAUAUCUGAUUUAAAUAUAUUUUGACUGUUGGAAAUUUGCCUGUAAUGACAAAACAAUCCACAGAAUAAUUUAUCCACAUAGCUAGGAGCAGAAAGAAAGUUUAUUAAAGAAAAUGAAUGAAUAUUAUAUUCAAGAAAUUAAAUUUGGUUAUUUAGGAUUUAAAAAAAUGCCUAUUAAUAUCACGGAAUAUAUUAAUCAUAUUACUAAAUUAGAAAUAACAUGACGCUCUUCUGAAUUUGAAAUGAUCUGGAAUCAAAGAAAAACAUAUUUACAAUAAAAUACGAGGACAUCAUAUUUAUAUGAAUCAAUUAUUAUUCUUUUAGAAUUUCGCCAAUUUUUUAGAAAACACUAAAUGGCAAUACAACGUUGAUUCAUUCAAAGAUACUUUGCAACGUAGAUUUGUACGAAUCUUUUCAACUUAUCCCCAUUCCUUUCCAACGUAGAAUAAUUGCAAAGGUACUUUGCAACUGUUUAAAUUUAUCUCAAUCUAUUCUAAAUUUUCUAUUCUUUUUCAAAAAAAAAAAAAGUAAAAUAUAUUUUAAAAGGAUUUUUAUUCGUCUUAAAUAUGGCCAUUUUGCAAUGAUUAAUUAAAUGAAAGAAAAGUCUGUUGUAAAAACAAAAAUAUUGUCUCAAAAUAAUUUACUUUCAGCCAUGAUAAAAAAUAAUAAGAAAAAAUGAUCUUUGAGUGUUUCGUAACACAUAAGGUGAAGAUAGAGGGGAAGGGAUAGAUGAAAGAUUUAAAAUGCAAUAAAUAAAAUUUUAAUAUAAAUAAAAAUAAAAAUAAUAAUAAAAAUUAAAUACUGACAAAAAAUUGCAUUUUUAAGCUAAAAUUUACUUUAAAUCCAAAAGAAAAUUGUAACUGUCCUUUAAAUUAGAGCUCCUCACACUGAAUUUGUAAAUAGAUUAUAAUGUUUAUGAAAAUGUCUUUAUGUAGAGCUUCUUGUAGAGAAGCUUUUUUGUUUAUAUUCAUCCUUAUAUUGCUUCUUUUCUUUUGAAGCUGAUAUUAUUGUUUUUUAUUCACUUGACACAGUUUAUUUAUGUAUUGAAAUAAACAUUAUUCUUUUUGUAA